UCCUGCAAUUUGUUUUAAAAUUCGCUUCAUAAUAGUUCUCGAAAUGCAGCGAAUCAAGAUUCAUCAAAGAUGAGAAUCCCACCUAAUUCUCCGUCGAUAUCGAACAGCUCCAUUCAAAUCUCCAAAAAGCUUUCGAACAACGAUAUUGGUCAUCCAUUUACAAAAGAAACUAUAGCAAUAAACGGCUGUGUGAUGACUAGUGGAAAUUUGAAUUUGCAACAUUUGAGCCUGAGUUUUAAUCGCCUGACGAAUAAGACGUUGAAGAAACUAGUGUCGUGUCUGCACUAUCAGAAUUAUAUGCUAUUAGGUAAUUACAGCAAAGGGUUGCUACAUGUAUUUUUGGAGGGUAAUGACAUCGAAAAGGAUGAAGACUGGACAACGUUUCAAGAACUUUUGUGUCGCAGACGACAGAAGGAUCAAACGAUACGGGAUGUGAACUUUAAAGACCUUGAAGAUUCCAUCGUAUCGGUUGAAAGCGAAAGCUUACGAAAUAAAAUCAGUGGACUCCAUAUUUAAAUCUGACUCGUGAUUCUCCAACUGGGCUCAUCACAUACAAUACGGGGUGAUAUGAUCAGUGAUGCAAUUAUUCGAAGAUCUUAUUGGAUGAAAAUCUUAUCUUAUCUCACAAUGCUCAGUACGCGAUACCCUCUAUAUCGAGGGUAUCCGAGCAUGAGCUUCAUAAGUACCACAACGAGACUGCAUUGUCACUUUCGGUCGUUGCACUUCACGAAAAUGUUGCUGCA